AUGCUAAAUCUCGCAGGGAAUAACUUCGAAGACUUGGGUGUACAAGAUUUAGCUAAUGCAUUAACACACAACACAACACUUAUGACACUUGGUCUGGGAUAUUGUAGCAUUGAAGAUGUUGGAGCACAAUAUUUGGGUGAUGCAUUACAACAUAACAUAACACUUACCACACUAAGUCUCAAAUCUAACUACAUUGCAGAUGUUGGAGCACAACAUUUGGCUAGUGGAUUACAACAAAACACGACGCUCACCACACUAGAUCUUGCGAAAAAUUAUAUUACAGAUGUGGGAGCACAACAUUUAGCUGAUGCAUUACGACAAAACACGACAGUUACCACACUUAAUCUCGGAUGGAAUGAAAUCGGAGAUAUUGGAGCACAAUAUUUAGCUAAUGCAUUAAAACACAACACAACGCUUACCAUACUUAAACUGGAUGGAAAUCGAAUUGAAUUUGAUGUUAUACGUGAAAUUGAUGAAUUUGUUGAACGGAAUGCAAGUGAAAGACAACCGUAG